CCUUGUCCUGGAUUGUUGUGUCCCCGGGACUCUUAGGUGCCAUUCCGCAAGUUUGGGGUCUGGAGACCCUGGAGAAACCCCAGGCCCGUGCCAGGAGUUACAUGAAGGUGUUUCCGUUUGUGGUAAUCGGUGUGGGACGGUUGUCCCAGGACCUGGUAGCGAGGUGUGCACACGCUGGAGUUAACACCCGGCCAGAACUAUUCAGGAAAGGAGCGGUCCCUUUGUUUCGGUUGGGAACAAGGAGCAGGGGCACAGGAGUCAGGACCGGAACGACUGCCUGAGAAGUUGGGUGUCUCUUGUGGUGGGAAGCUUGGAUGUGAGCAGGGACGUGACAUUACCAAGCACCUCAUUGGAUCCACCCCGCUAUAGCAUGAAGUGUAGACUGCGGGUUCAGGGAGGAGGCUACUGUCAUAGUCUCGGUGAGGGUUAUUGGACCAGGGCCCUGGCUUACAGGUCGUUGGAGUCGGGAUGUGUGUUUUAAGAAGUGACAACUCUAUUUUCUAAUGUUUCACCCUGUCACAGGGUGAAACAGGAUUCAGGGAUACUUCCAGGGUUUUGUUCACAUGGACAUGGGGAGGAAGCUCAGUCAACGGAGAUGAGGAAGCUGGUAGUUUGAGUGAUGGGUGGGCAGGAGAUGUUUUGGGAGCACUGAGUGGACGCAUUAAGUAGGCAGCCAACACACAGCUCCGGAAAUCUGGGGAGGGGUUCAGAAGGGAGACCUCUAAAAAUAUCGUGGCUGCUGUGUGGGCCCAGGCGAGUGAGCUGGGAGUCACAUCUGCGAGGAGCAGUCUUCUGGUUAUGCUGGUAGAGCGAUUAUGGUGCCAGGAAGAAGGGGGGAGAAAGGGAGUUCGGGCUCGAUACCUGGGUGAUGGUGUGACUUGAGAGAUGAGGGAUGUAAUGGCCAUGAAGGGAGAGUGUGUGGGGACAGGAUGCACGGGCAGGUGGCCGCGGUUUCUGGCAGAAGAGUAGACGCGAGAGGGAUGCAGAGGCUGAGGAGUGACAAGAGCAAGAGGACGACAGUCAGGCCUGAGCCUGUGGAGCUUCUCCACUCUGCGAACUCUGCCAGGAUGUGUGAGGACGUUGGUGCAGCCGGGGCGAGGCGGAAGGGUUCGUUCAUGCUGGAGGGUAAGGUCACCUGUGACCUGCUGACCUGGUCACCUGUGACAGACACUAGGUCCUGCCGGUCUGAGGCAGGGUGGCCUGCACAGAAGGAUCUUGGGGCUGCCACCACUAGUGGAAAACACGACAGGUCUAGAGUGGCGUUGGAUCCUGUUUGUCUCUACCGAGCACACUCUGGAAGCUGGUGCUCACUGUGGUGUGAGGCCAAGAGCGAAGACCCCUGUGAUGCCCUAUCUUUGUGUGUGCUGAAAGGCGGAGGGACUCACUUGGCCUAGUGGACGUUCUCCUCCUUCCUCUUCUGCUGCCGGUGAGGUUUCCGGGCCACACAGCCUUCUCCUCGAAGGUGCGUGUGCUGAUUAGCCCUUCGUGUGGGUUUCAGUUCCCUGCCAGCCCGUGGAGUGACUCAGAUGGGCCGAUCACGUCCUCUGACAAAGCAGGAGACACCCCACCCUCUCUAUCCAAUGAAGCCUGCAUCCUCCGGCUCCUGAUUGUUCGCUCUUUUUUCUUUUUUUUUAAUUUUUUUAACGUUUUUUGUUUAUUUUUGAGACAGGGAGGGACAGAGCAUGAACACGGGAGGGUCAGAGAGAGGGAGACACAGAAUCUGAAACAGGCUCCAGACUCUGAGCUGUCAGCACAGAGCCCGACGCGGGGCUCGAACUCAGGGACAGCGAGAUCAUGACCUGAGCCGAAGUUGGCCGCUCACCUGACUGAGCCACCCAGGCACCCCAUGUUCACUCUUUCAGAACACAACAACCACGCUCUGGGCCCGUCUGGGUGCAGUGUCCUCCUCUCCCAGGCGGUGAAUACCUGGCAGGGUGACCUUCGAAGACGUGGCCGUGUACUUCUCCGGGGAGGAAUGGGGUCUCCUGGACGAGGCUCAGAGAUGUCUGUACCAGGAUGUGAUGCUGGAGACCUUGGCCCAUAUAACCUCCUUGGGCUGCUGGCAUGGAGCAGGGGACGAGGAGGCACCCGAGCAGAGCGUUUCUGUACAAGGAGUGUCACGGGGCAGGACUUCCAAGGCGGCUGUGUCCUCCCAGAAGGCCCCCCCUCGUGAGGUGUGUGUCCCGGACUUGAGGGAACUUUUACAUUCGACCGAGCACCACGCGACACCUGGUGGACAGAAACUGCACAAGAUGGGGGCGUGUGACAAGCAGGUGUAUUUCGACACAGACCUUGCGCACCAGCAGCAGCGCACUGGAGAGAAAUGCUUCGGGAGCAACAGGGGCGGAGCCUCUUCUUGGAAGGACUACACAUUCUGUGUGUCCGGGAAGCCCUUUUCCUGUGGCGAGGUUGUGAGGGACUUGUUGGCGAGCUCGAGAUUCCUCCCGGAUCGGGCCACACACGCCAGGGAGAAGUCAGACAGGAGAGCUGAGUGCGGGGCGGCCUCUCACGGAAGGAGAACUCCGUGCACCUCGGGAGAGGGCGCCAAGGACCUCACUUGCAGACACACCCUUGUUCGUCACCAGAGACACCUCAGCAGAGAGAGAUGCUUCAUGUGCAGUGAAUGUGGGAAAUCUUUUAGCAAAAGCUACAGCCUCAGUGACCACUGGAGAGUGCACACUGGGGAAAAGCCUUAUGAGUGUGGGCAAUGUGGGAAGUCCUUUAGGCAAAGCUCCAGCCUCAUUCAACACCGGAGGGUUCACACUGGAGCAAGGCCUCACGAGUGUGACGAAUGUGGGAAAUUAUUUAGCAACAAGUCCAACCUCAUUAAACAUCGGAGAAUUCACACCGGAGAACGGCCGUACGAGUGCAGCGAAUGCGGGAAGUCCUUCAGCGAGAGCUCUGCGCUCCUUCAACACCGGAGUGUGCACACUGGAGAGAGGCCUUAUGAGUGCAGCGAAUGCGGGAAGUUCUUUACCUACCACUCCAGCCUCAUAAAACACCAGAGAGUUCACUCAGGAUCAAGGCCCUACGAGUGCAGCGAAUGCGGAAAAUCCUUUACUCAGAAUUCCAGCCUCAUCGAACACCGAAGAGUCCACAGCGGAGAAAGGCCUUAUAAGUGCAGCGAAUGUGAGAAAUCCUUUAGCCAAAGCUCUGCGCUUCUUCAACAUCGGAGAGUUCACACUGGAGAGAGGCCUUAUGAGUGCAGCGAAUGUGGGAAAUUCUUUACUUACAGUUCCAGUCUCCUAAAACACCAGAGAGUACACACUGGAUCGAGGCCUUACGAGUGCGCUGAAUGUGGAAAAUCCUUUACUCAGAACUCUAGCCUCAUUAAACACAGGAGAGUUCACACUGGAGAAAGGCCUUAUGAGUGCAGCGAAUGUGGGAAGUCCUUUAGCCAUAGCUCCAGCCUCAUUAAGCACCGGAAAGUGCACACCGGGUAAGGGCUUGAGGAGUACGGUGAAUUUGGGAAACGUUUACACGUGUCUUCCAUUUCAGUGACCGUUCAAAUAUUCACACCAGAAAAAAGGCUUUAUGAGUUUUGAAGGUGGGAAAUAUUUACGUCCGUGUCCAAGCUCCUAAAACACCACAAUGUCACAUCAGAUGAAGGCCCGGGAAUGUGGCCUAUGGGAGAAGGGGCUGACUGAAGUCUAGCCUCGGUGCACUCCAGAGAACUCACACUGAAGAAUGGCCUUAGAAAUGCAGUGACUGUGAGAAAGCCUUCAGCCAAAGGA